UAUGAAUCCAAAUCACAAUAUCACAUUCUUCAUUGCCAGACGAGAUCAACAACAUUUAUAUAUAAAACCAGCUCAUAUAGGUUGAAAUUGCUCCAUUAUAUUAAAUUUUUAACAACCUACUCCAGCAGUUUAGUUGAUUAUUCCAACUUUGAAAAUUUCCAACCAUCUACAAUUCUCAAUUCAUAUCUUAUUAUAUAUCUAAUACAAUAAAUCACCAGAAAUCAUAUCAUUCUACAAAUCUAAAAUUCUAAAUCAUCUAAAUCAUGUAUAAAGUUGCAAAGGCAUCACAGUACUUGGUGAUCACCGGGGGAUGGAUCCCGGACAUUAAAAUUACCAAGAAAUCAUGGAUAUUCCCCGGCCAAUCCUGCACCGUCGUCGACGUAUCUCCGGUCAACUACUCCUUCGAAGUGCAAGCCAUGAGCGCAGAGAAGCUCCCCUUCAUCCUCCCGGCAGUCUUCACCAUCGGCCCCAGCACCGCCGACGAAUCCAGCCUCAUCAAAUUUGCCAAACUCAUCUCUCCUCACGACAAGCACUCACACCACGUUAAGGAGCUCGUCCAGGGAGUCAUCGAGGGGGAGACACGUGUCCUCGCCGCUUCAAUGACAAUGGAGGAGAUCUUCAAAGGUACCAAGGAGUUUAAGAAGGAGGUUUUCGAGAAAGUCCAGCUCGAAUUGAACCAAUUCGGGCUUCUGAUCUACAACGCUAAUGUCAAACAGCUUGUGGAUGUCCCAGGCCAUGAGUACUUCUCUUAUUUGGGCCAGAAAACUCAGAUGGAAGCAGCUAAUCAGGCCAAAAUCGACGUGGCCGAGGCCAGGAUGAAGGGGGCCAUCGGCUCCAAGCUAAGGGAUGGCCAAACCCUUCAAAACGCCGCCAAAAUCGACGCAGAAACCAAAGUAAUAGCAAUACAAAGGCAGGGAGAAGGGGAGAAGGGGGAAAUGAAAGUGAGGACUGAGGUCAAAGUCUACGAAAAUCAACGUGAGGCUGAGGUGGCGGAGGCGAAUGCUGAGCUGGCAAAAAAGAAGUCGAUUUGGGCUAAGGAGGCCCAAGUUGCGGAGGUGGAGGCUAGAAAGGCGGUGGCAAUGCGUGACGCAGAGCUGCAGAGGGAGGUUGAGAGGAUGAAUGCGCUGACUCAGACGGAGAAGCUCAAGGCAGAGUUUCUGAGCAAAGCCACAGUUGAAUACGAAACUAAGGUGCAAGAGGCCAACUGGGAGCUCUACAAGAAACAAAAAGCUGCAGAAGCGUACCUAUACGAGAAGGAGAAAGAGGCGGCGGCACAAAGGAUGGCGGCAGAGGCUGAGUAUUAUAGGCGACAACAAGUGGUUGAAGGAGAUUUUUAUGCCAAGAAAAAGGAAGCAGAAGGGAUGAUAGCUUUGGCAGAAGCUCAGGGAACGUAUAUACGAACCAUACUUGAUGCAUUUGGGGGUAAUUAUGGGGCCAUGAGGGAUUACUUACUCAUCAAUGGGGGGGUGUAUCAAGAAAUUGCUAAGAUCAAUGGUGAGGCUUUGCGUGGUUUGCAGCCAAAGAUCAGCAUUUGGACAAGCGGCGCUGGUGGAGAGAAUGGUGGCGCUGGAGAUAGUAGUGGGGCGGCGAUGAAAGAAGUUGCUGGGGUUUACAAGAUGUUGCCGCCACUGUUCAAGACAGUGCAUGACCAAACUGGCAUGCUCCCACCGGCAUGGAUGGGUACCAUUACCCAACCAAAUGAAUGAAGAUUGAUGAAUAUAUAAAUAAUACUUUAAAUUGUUUGAGCAAAAAUUGGUCUUUCGAUUCGACAAGCUGUAAUAUUCAGACAAAGUUCUGGAAAUAAUUCAUAUACAAACAAAGUUUCUACCGACUUCACUAAAAAGAAAGCUUAAUAGAAAAUCAACAAAUCUCCCAAAUAUUGGAGAAUAUAGGAACCAAUGUAUACAUCCAGUAGAUCAACUUUGCAUAAAGAGAAUAUCAAAUUCAAUAAUAUUGGCAUGUAUUAUAAUGUUCAAAACAUCUUUUAAAAAUUGCAUACUACAAAAAUGGAAGAAAACAAAAACCCAAAAAAGCUUUGCAUGUUGGUUCAACAAUUGCAAAUCCCAAACAAAAAUAAUGAAAUUCGAAAAACUAGUUAAUAGAGGAUAAAAAAAUAGCCGGAGUAGAAAAUUGAAAGGCCGUCAAGGCAAAUAUUCCAACAGAAAAAAGUCUAAACUCAUCUUUCUCUAAGAUUUGCAAAGAUAAUAAA